AUGUACACCUACCCCUCUGUACGUCUCUGCUACGCGUGGGAUGCUAUCCGGCGAAAAGGAUGCGAGGGUGGCAAAGCCCUACAUGGUGUGACGGGCCAGGAGCACAUGCUUGAAUCUGCUGGUGUUGCUGCGGAUGACGAGGUAAGCAUUAGGGGGCGCGACAGCCUGGGCUUUAUGGGCAGCUACUACAUAUCACAUGCAGGACACGAUUUUACACAGAAAGCAAGAGAACCGUCCCAAACCAGCCCAAAACAAGAGCAGAAAAAGCAAACCCUGAAAUGCCCGAUAGCCGGGGCAUCUGAACCCAUAUUAAACAACAAAAUAAAAACGUCGUCAGUUUCGUUACGCAGGUUUUACGUGAAUCCUCUGGAGAGCUGA